AUGGCAUCGGCCUUUCAGGACAACUCUCACUAUGAGCCCAGCAGCCCCCGGACUUCUGUCCAUGGCGGCAGAGGAGAUGCGGUUCAAGACGGCCAGGCCGAUGAAGGUGUCAGGGACUCGUCCUCGGGCGACCAUGUUCGAGAGAAGGCGCCUCCCCCAGUGCCUCUGACCAAAAAGCAGAAAGUCAAGCGUCACUGUGGGCGGUUCAAGUGGUGGUACCUGGCAGGAUUCAUCAUUUUCAAUGCCAUAUUCCUCCCUAUUUUAUUCUUGGUUAUCUUACCAGCCAUUGUGCAGCGUAUAGUUGACGAUCAGUCAAUGCCAGUGAAGGGAGGCGCCUUCGUUGCUAAUUCGCCCACGGAGCUCACCGUUUCUCUGGAGACAUCACUCAAUACACCGUUACCGGCAAGGAUAGACCCGUUGACACUGUUCUUAUACAACAAGGGCACUCCCGAGUUUUCUCCUUUCCUCAACCUUACACUGCCAGAGCAGUAUCUCAAAGGGGAUACGCCGAUCAUUGUCACGAACCAGACCGUUACUAUUACCAAUGACACGGAACUCAUCAGCUGGUUUGACAAUGUCUUCAACCUGCCGCAAGUAGACUUGUCCGUUCGUGGCGACUCGACUGUCCAUCUUGGUGCCCUCCACUCUAAUGCACAUAUCGACAAGACUAUCAGUGUACAGUCGCUCAAUCAGCUCAAUGGCUUUGGGAUCAUCGAUCUGCGAUUGGUUAUGCCGCCUGAUGAGAAUGGAAAUAAUAUUAAGGGAACGCUGAAUCUGCCAAACUGGGGCUCGCUGACCCUUGGCCUCGGUAACAUUUCGCUUAACUUGAUGUCCGGCGAUGUCAGGCUUGGCCUCCUCACCGUCUACGACGUCGUGAUUCCUCCUGGAAAUAACACGAGGAGCUUCGACGGCCAGCUUUAUCUCAACGAACUGGCGCAAAAUUUUGGCGAGAUCCUCGCUAGCCAAGCCGACGCCCUGAACGAUGGCAAGAUUCAGAUCGACGCGACCGGGAACGCUACCAUGGUCAACGGCCAGCACAUCCCCUUCGUCGAGGCCAUCCUCAAUAAGAAACGUGUGACCUCGUACGUACCGGUCACAAAGCUGUUGAGUGAUGUUGUCAAUAGCAUCGCUGGAUCCGACGGUGACGCUUCCCUGGUGGAUAUCCUCGGCGAGGUGUUUGGUAAUACCACUCUCAUUGACCAGAUCGCAAACCGCUUUAACAAGAACGGCACUGUUGCGACUACCAAGUUCAAGAGAUCGGCACCGCUUGGAAAACAGGGUGGCGCUGCAGGCUUGAAUCUACUCAAGUUGGGUAUGAAGAUGGCACUGGCGAAGUUUUAA